AUGGUGUCCAUUGGGAUAGAGUGUGAAAGGAGGUGUUUUUCGGCUGUUGUUCGGCAGCUCCGUGGCUGGGAUCCAAAUAAAGACACGGAGUGGAAUGACAUUCUGCGCAAGAAAGGUAUCCUUCCUCCAAAGGAAAACCUGGAGGAGCAGGAACGGGCAAAGGAAGAGGAGCAGUUUGCCAUCCUUCAGAAAUCUCUGGUGAAAACUUAUGAGGACAUGACUCUGGAAGAGCUCGAAGAGAAUGAAGAUGAAUUUAAUGAGGAAGAUGAGAGAGCUAUUGAAAUGUACAGGCAGCAAAGGUUAGCAGAAAUGAAGGCAGCUCAAAUGAAGAAUAAAUUCGGGGAAGUUUUGGAGAUUUCGGGAAAAGACUAUGUUCAGGAGGUUACAAAAGCUGGAAAAGGUAUAUGGGUAGUCUUACACCUCUACAAACAAGGAAUUCCUCUCUGUGCCUUAAUAAAUCAACAUCUGAGUGGGCUUGCAAAGAAGUUCAGAGACGUGAAAUUCAUCAAAGCGAUCUCUACCACCUGCAUUCCCAAUUACCCUGAUAAGAACCUGCCCACAAUAUUUGUGUACCUGGAGGGAGACAUCAAAGCUCAGUUUAUUGGGCCUUUGGUGUUUGGUGGCAUGAACCUGACAAGGGAUGAAUUGGAGUGGAAGAUUUCUGAGUCGGGUGCCAUCAAGACAGAUCUCGAAGAGAACCCCAGGAAGCAGAUCCAGGACCAGCUCAUGUCCUCAAUCAGAUCGUGUGUCCCAGCCAGAGGGGAGAGUGACUCAGAGGAUGACUAAUUCCUGCGACUGCAUCCGCAUUGAUGCAGUGCACUUGCAGCCAGUGUUCCCACCUCAAGCACUGGAGACACUCCUCAAGGCCUUGCUGAGCCCCAGAAGGGUAGCCUAUCAAGACAUUCAUUCUAGAAACCUCUAGAAACUAAAAACAUUUCUGUUUUUUAAAAAGUGCAGCUUCACUUAAGAUGCUGAAAGACAUUUUGUAUAGUGAAGCCUGAGUAAAUCUUACUCAAAAGUUUUAAAAUAUAGACAUGAGUAGAAACAGGUCUCUUGUUAUUAUUUUAGUAGUAAAAUGCUGCUUUUUUCAAAAAAUUGAAAUAUGAAGUGGUCUUAAGUGCACUGUUAUUAACAAACUUAAAUUGUACAAAUUGGAUCUAAAUGGCUGUUCUUAAAUAAUUACUUAUGGCACUUAAAUGAGCCAUCUCUCAGCCUCCUGUGCUCAGGCCUCUGACAGCCUGGACUUCUCAGAGAGCUGGGGGAGGGUACCCACGAUGUGGGUGCUUCUGAAGGUGGUAUGUGGUCCUCUGCAGAGAUGUGCUGGCACCAGAGGGACAACAUGAGGCUAUAAGCUGGGGUUCCAGGCAUCUUGAGAGAGGCCUGGAGGAUGGCCAGCCUCUCCUGGGACCUGCUGAGUCCAGAAUUACACUUUUGAGUUAGCAGCACUAUUUUGCCUUUCACAAGGGCUGAGCUUCCUGCACCAUCUUGCCUGCUAAUUGCAGAAUAAAAUUCAAGAUGGUGGUUCUUAA